GUUAUUUUGGAGUCAAUGAAUAAGAUAGAUCCCCCCGUGCAACUGGAUAAUCAAGCGACUGCUGAGAGUAAAGAGUAUCUUCUUACAGAAACUCAGUCACCAGACUUUGAUUACCCCCAAAGUUUUUGCCAAUUAUUAGUGAUGAGUAAACUUGAGAAAAAAUUUGAAGAGUUUUUGCCAAAUACCGGUGAUGAAAUCGUAGAAUUGUGGGAAAUCACCGAUGACAGUAAAUGUUUCUCCUAUAAAUUUGAUGCGGUUCCGAAAAACUUUAUUUCUCCAGCAUUCGUUUGGGAACUAGACUGGGCUGAUUGGAAUGAUCUAAGGGUGAGCUGCGUAGGCAUAGCUUUAUCAAGAGCUUGUACUAUUGCACUGCAUCAUGAAAAUAAUGUCGCAGACUCCCAUAAGGUCGUACUAAAAUGGUUUCAAGGAAAGACGUGUAACUAUAGAGGUUGGAUUUUUCAUCUGGAUUACUUGAGUAGCUUGGGUUUGGAUCUUUCCAAUCAGUGGCUUAUAAAUGAACAUCCUGGGUGGACAGAAAACUUUUCGGAACUGCAGCAGAUUUAUUCAGCGAAUACUAGCUUAAAAGGACAACACGUAACUCAGAAUACCGGCCGGUGGUCCUUAGUUCUUAUCAGUCCGACUAGCUUAAUAUUUUAUGACCACGUUAUAAAGUGUUGGAGCGAUCGGGGUGUACAGACGUGUUUUGAGCGAAACUUCCAAAGAAGUAGGGAUUUGACAGCAAAUAAUUUUAGUUUCUUGGACAAAAUAGCAAUGAUCCGGCGGUCGGAUUAUAUUCCUUCUGAACAGGAUAUUUUGCGAUGUCGUGUUAUGACUACCGGUAUUUUUGAAACAAAAUUUGAAGUAGACCGAGUCAGAUUCCAUGUAUGGGGAUCAUUCAAUCAUGAUAACACCUUUGAAAAACCUUCAAAUAGUUUACAGUUUUUGAGGUUUUCGAUGGACUUUGUUCAAACCAACCUUCAAGGACUUCGCAAAUCGUUAGUUAAACAUACACGCUAUACUGGGAGAAGACAGGCUUUCAGUUUGAGAGAAAGUUAG